CUACGAACACAAUGUUUGAUAGUUUUAUUCUAAAUUUGGCCCGACCAACGCGCAUUAUCAAGUGUGCGUGGGCGGUCCGAGAGGCAGCAGAAUGAGGUAUUUCGGCGGUGUGUGUUGAGUUCUCGAGAUCGUGCAAGGCCGGCAGAGAAUAGUCUGACAAGAGCGGAGCAGCAUGCUCGUACUUAAUCUUGUAUAUUUCUGAAAAGCUCUGAAAUCGUCUAAGUUUAAAAAACUUUAUCGAUCGUCAUGAAUAUUAUUUCUGUCGUAAUUUCACAUCAAUUUCACUAAAAACAUAUCAAAUCAGGAAAACAUCUAAUUGCGAUAUUUUUGGAAACCGAGUGUCAUCCUGGAAUUAGUGUAAAAGAAAAUAAAUUUUCUAUUUAAGCAAAGAAAAGUGAACAAUGAAUCACACAAAUUUUCGGGAUAGAACAAUGGAAUAAACGAUAUUGUUAUAGCCAUCUUUCGCAACAGUUAUUCGAACGAAUGAUUUCAUUGAUAAAAUUACGGGAAAAGUGGAACGCGGCGAUAGUGUACAUACAUGUAUCCAGAAGAACGGACUGACGAACUGAUCGACCUUCUGAAAAUAAAUUCAGGCAGAAUUGAGUCGUUGGCUAAAUGUUGCGGCGGCGGAGCAGUACGGCCGUCGAUGGAGACCGAACAAUUUGAAAUGAAUAAUCGACCCUACGACAAUGGAGCAAAAGAGACCUUCAUAUUUGGAAGUUGGAAAAGAAAGAAUCGACGAAGAAUUCCGACAAUCAGCCGAGGAACAAUUAACAUCAUUUCGAUUAAUAGUGAUUCUGACAGCAACACGAGCCAAGCGAGAAAUAAUAAGCCGGAAGAAAUGAUAUCCGAAAGUCAAGGAAACUCGACCUAUCGUCCAGCUUCGUACGAAUCAUCAUUCUGCGACACUGAAACACGUAGUGUCGUCGAUCCAAUACGUGAUUCCGCUAUUCCAACCUCGGAAUCCGAAAUUCUUGAGGAAGAUGAUUUCUGGUGUCCACGAUGUGGCGGACGCAUGAACGAACCGAGAAUACUUGAAUGUUUGCAUCCAAUUUGCACACCUUGCGUCGAUGAACUUCUCGAUCGAGUUUACUCGUCCAAGUGCAGCAACAACGUCAAUCCGAGAUGGCAAUCCUCUCAACGGGAUGAACUACCUUCCUACCGGUAUGUCGAAGGAUGCCCCAUUUGUGAUUGUCCACUUCCGAGUCCUGGUGAUUCUCCGCCACCGCCUCAUUAUCCUCUCCAACAUCGUCUUGUCAUGAACGCUGUUCGACGUCGAUUGUCUCAUCGAGUUUUGUGCUGUGACGUUUGCCCUGAGGAAGUACAGGCUUCGGUCCAUUGUCCAACCUGCCUGAGAAAUUUUUGCACAUCCUGCGGUGACAAGCACGAGAUAAGUCAGAACGAGGGUCCGGUGGUUGGUACAAUAUCACGUCACGAGGUUCGCCCGCUCUGGGAGGCAAAACGUUUUCGACGAACUGCGCUAUGUCUGGAGCAUCCGUCGCACUCGUUGCGAUUUCACUGCAUCGCUUGUCGCCAAGUGACCUGCAGAGAGUGCAUGUGGCGUGGUUCUCACAGAGGCCACGCAAGCGAGGGAGCAACGAGUGCAGGGAGGCGAGCGACGACUGCUCUUCUUGCCGCUCUUCAACGCGGAAGAAAUCUUUUGAAUUCUUUACUCAUAGAAUACAACAAUAGUUCGUUUUCCGCCGACGAAUGGUCGGAGACAUCAACAAGUACCUACUUCGCGAGGAACAACAGGUAUUCAGACGAAUUUUCUAACCUCACUUCAUACUCGAGCCUUCGUUCAAGAAGGAAUCUAACGUCAUAUGCUCGUGAGGCACAAGAAAGAAUUCACGAAUUCGCAAGAUUGCAGAGAGCUCGAUAUCUACUGGACGCAAUUUCACUGACCGAAGAACUUUUGUCCGAAGGUUCGGAUGUUGAAAUUUUGAGUCUCAGUAGACUUAUACUGAAACGAUUACACAUGUUGGGAUCAAAUGUCACGAAUGAAAUUCAAGAGGAUUCCGAAAGAUUUCAAUCUCGACCGAAGCACACGGGCUUGUUCCAUUGUUGCACAUUUUGUUCAAGUGGUGGUAAAAAAGAAGCAACUUGCGCGUGUCGUGGAACAAUGCCCGGUGGUUACAAAGGCUGUGGUCACGGACAUCCGGGACAUCCUCGCGUUAAUCAUUGGUCCUGUUGCGGAUCGACCAAUCGUUACGACGGUUGUUCGAUUCUGCCAAAAUUACGUUAUCAAGUAACACUUUGACAAUGGUUCGUGUUUGAGCUAAAGAGCAAUCAAACAACAUAAUUAUCCGACAAAGACUCUUUAUUAUUGUGAUAUCGUAAAAUGAAUGGGAACUUUGUAACAGUCGAUUGUAAAUAUACAGCAAAUAGUUCAUAAACACAAAAAGUAUGCCAAGGCGGCAUAACAGUCCUUGUCGAAAUCGAUUAAAAAUAAACAUUAUUUUAUUUAA